AUGCCCACUCAACCAAAUCCAAAUCCCAACAAUAAACCUUCUCAACCCAUAUAUAAUAAUGAGGUGGCAAAUUACCCUACAUAUCCAAUCAAUGCAGUAGAACUUGAAGGAGUUCAAUUAAGAUCAGGAAAGGCUCUUCAAGGGCCUGUUAUCAUAGAAAUCGAGGAAGAAGCUGAGGAGGUCCCUAUAAAGGAACCCUCGUUCUCUCCACCCUUUCCUAAUCACUUAAUUUCCAAACCUGUAUCAAAGGAGCCCACACAGAUUGAGUUUGAUCUUAUGAAUGAACUUCAGAAUGUUAAUAUCAAAAUUCCUUUGUUGCAGGCCAUAAAAGACAUUUCGGUAUACAACAAGACAAUUCGGGAGUUGUGUACCCACAAGCAAAAGAAGAAAGAGGAUCCAAGGACUGUUCAAGUUAUCGGCCAACUAGCCGACUUGAUGCUCGGGAGUUUGGCCAUGCCCAAAUAUUCAGAUCCGGGUAGUCCAGUUAUCAAGGUAAGUAUUGGUAAGACUACUAUUCCUAACACACUAGUAGAUUUAGGUGCUGCAAUUAAUGUAAUGACAAAUGAGACUAAAGAAAAAUUGGCACUUAAAGGAUUGAGACCUACACCAACAGUUCUUCAAAUGGCUGACCGCUCAUUAGUCAAACCUAAAGGGGUAAUUGAGGAUGUAGUACUUUCUAUUGAUUCAUGGGAUUAUCAUACUGAUUUUAUGAUUAUGCAGCCAAAGGUUAAAUUGGGGGGGUAUCCCUUGAUCUUGGGACAACCCUGGUUAGCUGCUGCCAAUGCCUUUCAUCAAUUGUCAUUCAGGUAA